AUGUACGCAAGGACACCCACAACCCAAGCUAACCAGAACGCGCAACCCACCUAUAGCCGCCAGCCAGCUACCACCGCAGCCCCACAACAACCUGUCGUCGUAACGGAUGAGCUGAAAGCAAAAGUCAGGCUCCUCAUCACACUGUUUCCUCACCACCCAGAUACUCCAGCAGGCCACACAGCGCACGCAGCUCAAAUUGCGCAAUGGAACGCGAAAUGGGGAGAUAACGCACGGGUCACGCACGAGACAGGCUACCCACUCAAGCCGGGGACAGCAACCAUAUGUUCAGGAGAAUGCUUUGCAUGUGGGACACACAGACACAACAGCUGCAACUGCAUGUUGCCCCAAGGAGAUGCAGCACGUCUAGAAAGGAAAGAAGCUGCCUGGAGAGCAGUCUCAAGCAGGGUCUUGGGCGCCUUCAACCGCUUUGCAGCCACACCAAUCUCACUUGUAUACGCAUAUGAAGGUGAACAGUUUGGAGAAGGAGAACAGGUAGAGGGAAAAGGGGAUGGGUCGGUGUAG